GAUUGAGUAACAGAUGUUUAAAUUAAACAAUGCUGAAGGUUUACUAAGUUAAGAAUUUACAGAUUGUUCCAGUCCAUUUAUUUUAACAAUGCAUUGAAACACUGCAGUGCAUCUCAGGCAAACAGCUCCCACUCCCUGCGACAGAAAGCAGCCAUUUUAGAAACCUACCGUUCAUAUUCAAUAGGCUGAAACUGUUACAGGCUCUUUGCUUUUUGUAGCUAAACAAACUGAAUUUAUCAUGCUAAAAAACAGUCAAUAUGGCCUUCAGUAUACCUGGCAAUGUUUCGGUUAUGAACUUACAAAUACUUGCAUUGAAGAUAGUUACUUGCAAAUUAUUUUGCCUUAGUAUGAGAAAAUCUCCUUGAAAUAAUGCAAACUUUGUUAGUCCUUGUUAGUCUAGUGAAUGAAAAAUGGCAGUGUUAAAUCAAGGCUAAAAAGAGACUGUUACGAUAAUAAGUCAAGUAUGUGGUACAGGGAAAUUUCACUCUGAGAGAGCUUGGAUUCAGGGCUUCCCCUUGUUGCUGAUGAGCUAAGAAUUUCAGUCACGGUAAGUGCUCUCUAGAGAGGUUGUUACAUGAGAUAUCAGAACCAACCUUGAAUAUGUUUGAUGUUCUUGUACAUGAUGGUUUAUUUUUUUUCCUGAUAGUGUUGGUAUGUCAUCCAUGCGUGUAGAGAAAAUAGAAUGUUUAAAUACUUGUAUUUCUUGCAGCUUCUAUUUUAGGAAGACCAAAUUUUGGAUAUUAACACUGCAGCCUUGAUAAAGAUUGAACAAUUAUGGCAGCACGUAACAGCACUAUAACUUAUAUUACAGUAACGUGUAAAACUGAAGUGGAAUUUGUUUGUAUUUGUAAUGGAAGAGAGCUCAGUGUUAAUUUAAAGUCUGCCCAGCUAUGUCUGUGGCAUUGAAUCAUGCAUAAUAUCUCAUUUUCCAGAUAGGUACAGCUGUUCAUCCUUUGUUUUCUCACCAUGCUUCUUUAGUUUUGAAAGUCCUUUUGCUAGCAAACAUUACUCCCCUUUCUACUUAGGCAUCCAUGUACCUUAAACAAAGGAAUACACACAGCUUUUUGCCUCUGUGAUAGAAACAGUAGAGGGAGUGCAAGAACACCGUUUUUGUGCAGGUCCUGUAAACAUUGGUGCUUUAUCCCUCACUCCUUAAAAAAAAAAGAACUUUUAAAAGACAUUCUUCAAAUGUCCAACCACUGAAAAUGCUGUACCCUGUUUCCUAGUGAAUGGAAAACAUGCACUUUACUGUAUACUCUGAAGUUGAUUUUGUGUCAGCAGGAAAAACCACUUUCACCUCCGUAGAGAUCUUUGUCAUUGAAUUCAGCUGUGAGACAGGAGCUGUCAUCUCUGGGAUUCCUGGACAAAUGCUGCUUUUGCCAGUAUUACAUUUGGGUCUGUGGGACAGUGCCUGGGCAGGGGAUGCAGAGCCUCUCCUGAUCAGAGCUCCGAGCACAGAGCGGCUGCAGGCAGUGACAGGGCUGAUUGCUCAGCGUGCCUCACUUGUUUUAUGGAGUUUAGCAGAGCUACUUCAUUUCUCCCCAAAAAGACGUGUGGUAUUUGAGAGCGUGGAAUAGGAAAUGCACUCCAGUGCUGCUUCCUGCCUUCUAGAGAGAUAAUCUAGACUAAAUGCAGUUUAAAACCACAGAAAGAAGGAAACUCAGAAUUCAGCCUCACAAAGUCCGUCUUCCUUCACAAACCUGGGCACUGGCAAGUGUGUGCACAUGGCAGCGGGUAUUGGGGCUUAAGCUACAAGUUGAACUGCCUCCUGUUCAAUACAAAAGGUUUUAUUUACUGACCAUGAAAUAAAUCGUUUUAUUCCCUAACUUUUCCCUUUGGACUCUUUUCUGAACUUCUGCAGGUAUUCUAUUGCACUUUCUUGACACUAACUCAUUUUUAUGCUCUGAAUCCUUGUUUAAAAAUAUAAAAUAAGUCUGAAAAAAGAUUUGUGCCAUUCAUUUACAUUUUAAGGCACAGUAGAUUGAAUGAUUUACAAGAAAUGUUGCUUUGGCACUUGAUAACUGAAUUUGACCACUAAAAGUCUUACCUUGCCUCCAGGAAAGUGGCAGAUAAAGGGCCAGAUUUCACUCUGACAGCUGCUGGCACAGGACAGGUUGAUUCCUAGUAAAACUGAGAAGAGAGUUUGAUAGAAAGUACAGUUGUACAUGUGCUUAUUUUUAUUGACUAACUGCCCAAAAGCAUUGUGUCCAAGAACUUUAAAAUCCCCAUUUUCUCUCUCAUAGGAAUACCCUCCAUCCAGACUAUUCAGUAUGUGGAAAGAAGACAGCCACAGCUGACGCAGUUUUCAGUUCUAGCUCUAUCAGAAUCUGAAUAAAAGGAUUUGCCAGAUGCCAUUCUAAUGUGGUUCCUCUCUGAAUACUCUUGGCAGGUAGGUAAGAACUGGGUUGGUUGAAUUCCUGAGAUAGCAACAAUUUUGAGGGUUAACACUCAGCAAGCCCUUUCAUUUUAGCUUUGUUUAUUUUGCUUGUUAAAAAGUAUUUUUCUGUAUGUUUCCAUUUGCACCUUACUGAUUUUUAGAUAACUGAAUGUUGCAAUGAAGUGAAGAAAUCAUUUUGUGACCAAGAGUUUAUCCAGUUGAUCUGAGCUAAUAAAUGACUUCAACAGAUCAAAUUCCUCCCUGGUGUGCACGGUGACAAUUUGCACUUUUCUGGUCUGGUCCUGAAAGCUGUUGUGCUGCACCAAACUGCCAUGACUAAUGUAGGAAUGGAGCCAAACGGUGCCACAUUGCCUUUUUAGCAAUUAGCAAUUAGCAGCAAAGAGAUGAUUUAUGUAUGUGAUCUUUUUGGAUGCAUUACAGGCCUAAGCAGACUGAGCCAGAUUAGUUCUGCCAAAACUCUUUUGAGUUAGAAAUACCCCACAGUUUUAGCAGAGGGUAUUUAGCAGAGGGUAUAUACUAAGUUCCUGCAGCACAUGACAAGUCUUUGCUUUUUAAAACCUGAGUAUCUGUAAGUGACCGCCAUCAUUCUUUCUUGGUGAACUGUAAAGCGUACCAUGUUAAAUAUCAGGUGAAAGAGAAAACUGCUUAUGUGAGCCACUGGGAUGCACUUUGGGUGAUAUAAUGCCAUAACAUCACACUGAAAUUAGCUUCUGUCUUUGCAUAGCAAUAGAAGCGUUCAAUAUAGGCUCCCUUCUGAGUCUUUAGGUGGGAUCCUACACAGGGUGGAGGAACAAAGACAGCAGUAAAAUCAUUGAAUCUAAUCCUCAGUGAGGCUUCUUUCAAGUUCAAAGAUCUUUUCAUAGGUCAUCUCUAUUCUGAGGGCUGCUAAUUUGGAUCUCAGCCAUUGUGAGUUUUCUUCUGACCCUACCUGCAGAGGCAUAUUUACAGCCCCUGUGAACGUUAACAUUUCUGCAUGUCUCCUAGAAAAAUGUGUUCUUAAUCUCCUGCUGAAUUCUUACAUGAGAACACACUGAAGUCUGGCACCACCACCAGUUAUUUUCCAGUAAAAAACCACCUUAUAGCAGUUGCAUAUGCUUUCAAUUUUUAAGGUAUUUAGUAAUGUUUUCACCUCUAAUUAGCAGAAAUUUCUGGGUUUGGCUCUUUCAUUCCCCCGGGAACCAAGAGUUUGGUUUUGCCAAUUGCCGGCUCAUUACAGGAUUCCAUUCCUCGUGUUAAAUGUUGCUUUUCAAGUUCUGAAUGAACUUGGAACUCAGACCAGCAGCAACCGAGUUCCUGGAAAAUACUGAACCGAAUGAAACUGUCGUGAAAAGAACAUUCAAGCUUAGAAAACAAUAGCAGAGAAAUCUUGAGUAAGGAUUGCUAUUUUCAGCCGUUUCUUUUCUGUCUCAGGAAAUAUCAGUUACAUACAGGUGCUUAUUAGUAAAUAGUUACCCGUGUUGGUGGCUGGAAGGCAUGAAGUGCGGGUUAUCCCUGUGGUUCAGACUGUGAUUCUUUCAUCUGCUACCUGACAACCAAAAUGCCAAUUCCUGCUGUAAAUAGAGCAAACAGAAAGUUAUAUGUGAUGCACUUUGAAUCAGCAGAGAUAUUGAAUGACAGAAAUUGGGGUUUACAGUGGAAAAUCAGUUGCUUUUAAUGACAGCAGCCCCACUGGCGCCACAAAUAAAGUUCUCCAAAAGCAGCAGAGAGGCUCAGGGUUUGGAUGUAGUAUGCUGUAAGAGAGCCCUGACAUGGACUUGCAUUGUCUCACUUGGCUUUACGACUGUAACCUCAACACUGCAUUCUUUCCACUGGCCAUUAUGUGUUCUCUGCAAUUUAAACAGCGAGGCCACAGAGCUAAUGGAAAUCAGCGUUGUUGUGAUUAUUUUGGAGAAGCUGCACUCUUUACAUUUGAUAUCCAGAUCUGCAGUUGUAGUAUUUCUACUACCAAGCCACAAAAAUAGUGAAAAUCUCUUUUCAGAGAGGAAAUAUUUUAAGAAUGCCUCACUCCCCGCACACAUAGAGAUCCAUGUUACUCCAGGGCAGUUUACACCUGGUGAAGUGUAAUGUGCAGUAUACAGGCUUGAAUGUUAGCACUGCUGACAGGCUGGGCAUGAGCUGCAGCUGUAACAGAAGAGCUGCCCUGUGCCUGUUUUGCUGUCUCAUCCACAGAGACAUUUCCUGAGCACUUCAUGCCCCAUUCACUUGCAGUGGGGUUUCAGUGCCCAGUUUGUGAUGCAGAUGUCCAACAAGAAGUCUUAAGGUUUGGUUUCUUGGCUGAAUAAUGAAGACACUGCUGGGAACUUUUAUGUGAUGAUCUGAUUUUGGAGUCCCGUCACUGGCAGAGCUGCCAGUUGAUGUCCAACAGGAUUCCUGUUGAAUCACGGAAGCAUUAAUUCUUGCUUCUGUCUGUUCAGAACACAGACCUGCCUGCUUUCUCCCACUUCCAACUUUCCUCUUUCAUUCAUGUGUUUAAAACAUCUUUUGAUUUCUCUUUCAUAUUUUUCUUUAAAGGAAUCUUCUUUUGUCUUGUUCUGCCCCUGUCCACUAUACUAUUCUAAACAUCUCUAGGAUGAAGGUGCUCUUAUUAACAACAUUAGUUAACUACUGGCAGUGUUAUGGCACAGUUGGGGCUUUCACUCUUUCCGCCAUUCCUCUCAUUAAGGAGAAUUAAUGAAGACACUGUUAAAGAAAUGUAUUUCCAUUUUCUCUUUCCGCUAAUUAGUCCCACUCAAAUAUGCUGCAAUUUCUGAUACUGGUGUUAUUUCUCUAACUCUCUGUACCAAUGAACUGAGCUAUCAAUAGAACAUCCAUUCUUUGCCAACUGCUUUAUAGUUGAAAAUGUUGACUCUUAGCUUGUUUCUUCAUGUUACAUCCAGGACAUUGGAAGAGCUCUUUGGCAAACUCCUGCCGGGCUCAGCUCCCAUUCCCUGACUUCUCUCCAGAGCAGUAAGAAUGGAAAUAAGCAGCUCAGAAUUUUCCAGUUUAGAUCAGGCUGUGAGUGUGUGUGUUAAAGGAAACAGAAGCACAACCACAAGCACAGCGCAGGCCCUUGAUGGCUGCAGCAGAAAGCAGAACUUUGCCUGGUGAAGCUGCUAAAGCUGUCCCCCAUCAGCUGCAGAUGUCCAUGCCCAACACUUCUCCUGCUGCAGAUGCAGUGACACAGGUGUGCCACCAACAAGUCCCUGCUGUCACAGAUCUGUGUGACUCAGUGGCCUAAAAGCAGUUUCAGUUGUCUCUUCAUGAUGCUUUCACACUCAAGUAGUGCUGUGAAUAGGAAACUACCCGGGACACCAUGGUGGAGAGAAGCCCUUCUUUUCUUUACUCUCCUUCAAUGGGUUCCUUGGCUUCUGUUGUGGAGCUGCUUUGUUGAAGUACUGAGAUCAGAGAAUUGGUGAAAAUGUUCAUUUUAAUGGGUGCUUUUUUUUCCCCCCCUGACAAACCCUUAAGAGAUACUCCAGAAUGCCAUCACUGGGGGGAGGGGAAACCCUGCAUACUGAGGAGCUGAGGGUUAGACUCACUGCGCUACAGAGAAUAUGAGCUGGGAAAAUGUAGAAGCAGAGAAGGGGAUAAAGGAAAAAAAGAUUGAUUCCUGAUGUGUCUUUGAGGAGCACAGUCCAACUCUUAGAGGAGUUAGUGGGAAUCUUUCCAGCUCUUUCAUGUGAGUGGGGCUGGGUCCUGGCAACGACACCACCACAGCACAGAGCUGAAGCUGGCUGCAUGCCGGCCACACUGCAGGUAAAGGAUUGAGCUGUGGCAAAGCUCUCACAUGUAAUAAGGACAAGAAAAAACUGUGCAGCUCUUCAUGUUUUCAUUUGAAAAUCUUGAGGAUGAAAUGCUGGAAUCUUAUGACUCUACUGUACUCCUCUCUCAUGGUGGUUAAAGUCAGGAUGGUGAUAGCAGAGAAGAUAAAGAGUGGACUGGGCUCUCAUUCCUAAAAGGACAAGACUCAAGUUAUAAAUACUCCUUCAUGAGCUUCUUGUCUCAGAUGUAUAAGUGAUCGUUGUCCUUAAAUAGUAACACGGUGAGCUGCGGUGUGAGCUCUGCUAGGAAUGGCUCUGCAGUGAAAUGAUGCUGCAGGGGUCGGUCCCUCUGAGCCACAUCCUGUUUUCGGUUAACUGAUCUCAUAUGGGGGAAAUUUGUCAGAGGAAAUAUCUCUAGUUUGGAAAGUACCAAAAACUUCUUUCUUGUUUCUCUGUGUAAUUCAGCACCUAUGGAGAUAGAGCUGUCAUAUUUUCGAGAACUCUUGAGGUAGAAGCAGAGGAGCAAUCUGGCAGCAUGGAUGGAUGGCCUGAAGGGUGACAGCACACAGUGUCACUUCAGCCCCAAACCCCAACUCCCCAUCGGUGUGGCAGCAAUCUUUCUGCAAUGAUCAACUUCCCAAGUCCUGACAAUUGCCACAUCCAGAACUGCCUUUAAAACCUCCUGAAAACUGAGCUCACUUCCUGGCAGAAAUGCUCCGGGACAGAUAACUUGCCAUGGCUUCUCACAGCACAUUAUAAAGCAAUGGCAGCAAACAUCUCCAGCCAUACAACCUAUGGUUGAUCAAGGUGUCCACACAGGUUCUUAGCUCUGUACUGAGAGCACCUACAAAUCUACAUGUAGCACAGAGUAGAGAGAAAGAAGUGGAGAUGAAGAGACGUUGCAUGUGAUUCUGCAUCAAUCUAUAAGGCAACCCUUCUGCUCCUGCAGGGUACAAACGUUGUUGCUUUUACAUGAGGAUGCCACGUGCAUUUUUUCUGCGUAGUGCAGAGGUUUAUAAUAGUUCCCGUUGUCUGUGGAGCUGCCUUGUUCCCAGAAGCUCCAUCCUUCCCACCUGCGAUUUAAUACAGCCCGAAUCAGUUUGGCUUUGUGUUUGGUUAUUGGUAAUUGUGGCAGGAGGGCAAUCAGCCCACGUGGUGUGUGUGGCACUGUUAUCUGAGCAAACACAGCCCAGAAGCUAUCAGUGAUAACCAAGUAAGGUGAUGUGCUGCUGCACUGUACUUGGCAGUGAACACCUGUGAGUGCUCCAGAGUGACAAGGCAAUGGAAGCAGCCAGGACACGAUCUCUUUAGUUUUGGUUUCUGCUGGGACUCCCCCACAGCUGUAUUCCCCACAUUUCUUUCACCGGGAAGAACGAACAGAUUUGCAUCUGAAAUGCUCUUCUUACCGAUCCCUGGGCGCUGUGGUUGCAGCACAUGAUUUCACAGCAAAUCUGCCUUAUCCUGAGACUGAAACUUCAACUCCCAAAGACCCCGCUGAGCUGCGCGCACCCCGGCAGCGCGUGCACGCGCAGGGGGCGGUUUUCUCUCCGAUGAUGCUCUGGACCCCCUGAGGUUCUGAGUGACCCGGGCAGCACCGCACCGACCUCGGCAUGUAACCGCAUCACUGCGCUCUGUUAUCCGCCGGCUCGCCGAGCCCUGCGCCGCCGCUCCCACCUCCUGGAGCCGGACCCGCCCCCAGCGGUGCUGCCCGAGGCCGCUCCUCCUCUCCCCGCGGCGCUUUGCCGCUCCGUGCCGCCUCGGCGAGCAGUUCACUUCAGAUGGCUGAGCAGACAAGAGGCCUGCAGGACAUCCCCAGCUCUUCUCCUGAUGAAAACGAGUUUCCCUUUGGAUAUCCCACUAGCAUUUGUGAAGAUGUGCCCGAACAGAAGUACCUGUGCAGCAACUGCAAUAAUGUCCUGAAGAAAGCCCUGCAGACUCUCUGUGGGCACAGAUAUUGCACUGCCUGCCUGUCCUGGAUUGUCAGGAACAAUAAAAAUCCAGUUUGCCAGAAGUGUAAAGAGGAGGAUCCCAACACUCUGAGUGAAGGAAGCCUAUUGGCAGAGGAAAGGGCCUUUGGGGAUGCUGCCAUUAACAAGGAGAUUUCUGAGCUCAGAGUGCACUGUGUCACCCUUGGAUGCAGCUGGUGUGGUACCAUGAAAAAUUUUGAAGAGCAUCAGGUUCUGUGUGAAUACGCUUUGAUCCCUUGUCACACUGGCUGCGGGCACAUGGUGAUGAGGAAGAAACUUGCAGAUCACUUGGAAAACGGAUGUGUUAAUAAUGUGGCCGUGUGUCACAAGUGUAAGCAGAGCUUCUCCAGCAGUGAGUACCAAAAACAUUCGUGUGAAGGUGAUUUAUAUAGAGAGCAGAAGCACGUGCAAGCAGAAACACCAUCAAAUGAAAAGCAGAACCAUUCUGGUCUCUCCAUCAGCACGGAUGGAUGUCGGUUUUCUGAGGUUGGCUGUUCUUUUGGGGGCAGCAAAGAGAAGAUAAAGGAGCAUGAAAAAGCCGCAGUUGGGACUCACAUGCUGCUUCUGCUGCAGUACAUAAAGCAACUGAAGGCAAACCUGUGCACCACUAGAGCUGCAAAUGGUUUCAUCCCACAGACAGAGCUGAACGUGAACGGUGCAGAGAAAAGCAUCUCUGAGCUAUGCAUCCCAGGCAGUCUGCAAAUCAAUGGGGGGCUGGAAAUGGACUGUUUAACAAGAACUUCUGUUCCCAGAGAUGAAUCUAUUGUACAGCAGCUAGUGAGGGAGAAGGUGAUUUCUGAGCUUGAAAAUAAGCUACAUGUCUUUGAGAAUAUUGUGGCAGUGCUCAAUAAGGAAGUGGAGACCUCCAACUUGGAAAUCACAGCCUUUCGGAGACAGAGUGAACUUGAUCAAAAUAUAAUACGAGGCCUUGAACGUAAGAUUGCAGAGUUGCACCGCUGCCUGAGCCAGAAGGACGCAGGCCUGAGCAGGCUUCAUAAGAGCCUUGUGUUCUCCGAGCAAACUUCCUACGAUGGGGUCUUUUUGUGGAAGAUAACAGAUGUCAGCCAGAAGCUACAGGACUCAGUGACGGGAAGAGCAGUCAGUUUGUACUCACCAGCGUUCUACACUGCAAAGUAUGGCUACAAGGUGUGCCUGAGGAUUUAUCUCAAUGGAGAUGGGAUGGGAAAAGGAACCCAUGUUUCACUCUUCUUUGUUGUCAUGAAAGGAGACUACGAUGCCCUGCUCCCGUGGCCUUUCAGGCACAAGGUUACAUUUAUGUUGCUCGACCAAAACAACAGGGAACAUAUUAUUGAUGCCUUUCGCCCGGACUUGACUUCUGCAUCCUUCCAGAGACCAGUGAGCGACAUGAAUGUUGCCAGUGGGUGUCCCACCUUCCUCCCCCUGACCAAACUGCAGUCACCAAAGCACGCCUAUGUGAAAGAAGAUACGCUUUUCCUUAAAUGCAUCAUAGAUACAAAUUAGUAACUUCUGUAACAUGAGGGUCUGGUAAAUCACCCUCUGCAAUCCGUUUGCUUGCAAGAAAAGAAACAUCAGCUUGAGACAUUGGUCUGGAGAGCUGGGCCUGUGUCCCCCUGCACUGAGCGGUAUCAGCUGGGUCUGCCUGCUUGCUGUGGUUGCUGCUGGGUAUGCAGAUACAUAGAGCAUGCUAUUGCACACAGGGGCUGUGAUUAUGUCACUGAGCAACCCAAGCUCUGCUUUAAAUGCAGCUCACAGCUGCUCCCCUCCAUGUGCACUGGUGGGACAAGGUGAGCUCCUUCCCCACAUUGCCCAGGUGAGCUGUUCUGGGGCUGAGUGUGGUGUGCUGCAGGGCUGCAGGGCUCUGCACACCCUCAGGAGCAGCAAGGAGCGCUGCUCCCUCUCCCACCAUUCCCAGGUCUGAUGUACCUGUUUUGCUGCCUGCACUGUGGGACUUGUGCUGCUCCCCAGCAAGGAUGGGGCAGAUCCCUCCUGUAGGCCCUGGGUGGGUGUCUGUGCUGUUUGAGCACCCUGAAAGCUGUGAGCUGCGGGUAGCACUGGCAGCUUGAAAUCCUUAUCCUGGAUGAUUUAUGUCUUGCUAUUUAUUUCAGGCCUAUAUUUAUGUGCUCCUUACAGAGGUGCUCUCUCUUCAAAUGCUGGAUUUUAUCCCCUUGAAAAGCACUAAACCCAGUGCUCUCCAUUUGCUGCUUCAGAACCAGUUGAUGGGUCAUUGCAGCUGGGCUGGGUUUGAUUGCAGCAGUUGCUGGACUCCCAGCAGGUCAAUGCCUGCAGUGCAGCUGCUGCUCCUGGCCUGCAAGGCCCUCUGCAGGAUGGGUGCAAGUGUAGGAUGCAGACCCAAGGCCUGAUCUUGCAGACAGAGGCAGGUGUUUAUUUAUGAUUGAAAAGCUUUUAUGUAACUAUAUUCCUUUUUUUUUCUCUGCAAUAUGGCCCAAGAAAACAAAGCUGGCAGGAGAAACUGUGCAUGGAACAACCAUGGGGGACAGUGGCUGCCUUGCAGAGCUGCUGCAUGCCCUGUGCUGCAGUUCCCCCCAGCCCUAGGGGCACAUUUCCAAAGCUCUCCCUUCUAUCUCAACUGUGCCCUUAGAAUCAUGGAAUCAAAGCUUGGGUUGGAUGGGAUCUCAAGGAUCAUCAACCUCCAUCCCCCCAUCCCACAUCCAGGGCUGCUGACCUCUAUAUCUAACAGCAGAAUGAGCUGCCCAGGGCCCCAUCCAACCUGGCCUUGAUCACCUCCAGGGACAGAGCAUCCUCAUUUUACAUAACGAGUUGUGAUGAAGUAUCACAUUUCAGAGAGAAAAAACAAAACACCCUCACUUCAUAAGCAAAUAUCUCUCAUGUGUUGUCUGGGGAGGAGCUGUUUCUUCUUUGCCAUCACACACACACACACACACACACACUCACUGUCAUUUUUCUCUCUUUCAUGUUAAAGACAUUUUUCAGGGACAGAAAGUUAUUUUUCCAGCACUGUGCCAGACCUCCCGCCCACACUGCACUAAUGUGCCUAUAAAUACGUUCCUUUCCAUGGCUGUGUCAUUCUGACAGGCUCUGUAUUUAUUAUCAUCAUUCAGAUUUUCUUACCGUCUCGGCUAUUCCCCAAAUAAAGCUCACCAACUUAAAAAGG